GAUACCCCCUUUAAUGUCCCAUACUUUCGCAUCUACUCGUUUCGUUGCUCUUUGGUUUCCAGCAUGUCUCGUAGAUCCUCCUCCUCGACCUUGCCCGAGCACAACGACGUAAUGCUCACGCCGGACAUCCUCAUAGGUGCCCUGCAUGACCUUUCUACUCGCCUUCGACAGUACUUCCCUUCUACCGUGCGCCUGGUCGUUCACGGUGGAGCCAUAAUGGUCCUCCAUCCCAUGCUCGCGUGCCGCGGAGGAACCCGCGACGUCGACUUCAUCAAACGCUCGUUCGAAGCCGAGUGGAUCGCGCUUGGUGUAACUGACGCUGGUGCCCGCCUGGCCACCUGCAUCAAGGCCACCGCGCGCAAAUUCCAUCUCGGCGCGGACUGGAUGAAUUCUGCCGCGGACGUUGCACUCCCCAUGGCUUUUGACGCAUAUGGAAAAACAUACGACCCCAUCUAUACAGAUGCCGUAUCCCCCGCGAACAUGAGUAUUAGCACUCUCUUCACUUCCCCCGGCCUCGUCAUCAUUGGCGUGAGCUGGGCUUGGAGUAUUGCGCUCAAGCUCGUGCGCUACGACAAACAUGAUCCGCAGGACAUUGCGAGCAUCCUCCGGCUCGGACGCAAUCAGCGGAACGUCAAGUGGACUCGUUCCCUGCUCGAGAGCUGGCUUGUCCAGGAAUGCGGCGCUAUGGGAUACGCUGCCUACGCGCCAUGGCAAAUGGAGGCCCUCAGAAAAAAGAUGCGCAACGCCAUCGAACUAGCAUAUCACCCCCCUCCCGCCGUGCCUCAACUUGGUCCUGUCCGAGUGUAUUGAGCUGCGCGUGUGGACUGCUGCUAGAUAUACUUUUCCAUCAUACUCCUGUUCCGCGGCCUGUUUCGGUCUGCUUUUUGUAUCGUUAUCAUUUUCUUUGCUGUUGUCCUUGCUCUGUUGCUAGUUGCUCAGACUCCCUUACCUCGACGCUUCGCCCUUCACGCGCCAUCCUCCACGCUAUCCCCAUCCCCUAUUCCUCGCCCACGUUACCCUAGUAUUACUGCUGAUGAUUCUACCACGGACAUUAUACCCUAAUGCUACCACGGUAGUCACGACUGGUACGAUACUACAUACGACUCCUGUUCAUACGAUUGUUGCUACGAUUUCACGACCCCGUUAU